GUCAAUGUCCACCCCUAUUAUAUACUGCUCCAUUGAGCAUUACGAUACUACUUUGCAUUCCCGCAUUCAACAUAUCGUCAAGGCAUUUUGUGUUCUUUUCACUUUACUUUUUUCCGCAGCUCAGACCGGUCUUAUCUGAGCUCUGUUAUUUUUCAGCAAAUGGCCCAUCAAAACCAAGAUUCAGCAACUCUUACUCAACUAUAUGUUCAGGCUCCAUUAGAAAAAAGAUAUACCGGGACGUUUACCUCUGAUGUUUUUUGGGCUAGUUUUUCUACUUAUUUGUCCAAAUCUCUAGCGGAUAUAGCUGUGCGUCCAAUCCCUAUCACAGAUGAUACAAUAAAGAGUAAAGGAAUCAAAGAACAUUUCUCUACAAGAAUAAAGGAUGUGAGAGUAGUAAAUACAGCUAAUGUCAUCCGCUACAUUCCCACUCCGACACUUAACUUUGCAUUCAACGACUACUUCAAGAGGUUGUUCAACUUUAAGAAAGACCAUGAUGGUUACUGGAAGUGGUCCACUGGUAACUUUAUCUCCGGUGGUGCUGCUGGAGCUUCCUCCAUGCUUUUGAUGUACUCUUUCGAUCAUGCAUCAAGUCGUUUAGCAAAUGAUGAGGCUAAGAAGGUGGGAGAGAGGCAAUUCAGUCGUUUAUCAGAUGUAUACAAGAAGACUCUUGCAUCAGAUGGUAUUUCUGGUUUAUAUCGUGGAUUCAAGAUUUCAUGUGUGGGUGUCAUUGUCUACCGUAGUUUGUAUUUUGGGAUGUAUGACUCUUUGAAGCCAGUUGUUUUGACAGGAUCAUGGAAGGAUAGCUUCAUUGGGACAUGUGGCCUUGCUUUAGUCACUACGAGUGUUGCUAGUCUUGCAUCAUACCCUAUUGACACAAUCCGGAGAAGAAUGAUGAUGACAUCGGGUGAAGUUGUCAAGUACAAAAGCUCUUUUGACGCUUUUACUCAAAUCAUGAAGAAUGAGGGUGUUAAAUCGUUGUUCAAGAGUUAUAGUAAAACCAUUGUACCUUUUGUCGGAACUGCUACUGGUGUCCUUAUUUUUUACGACAGGCUUCAGAAACCAUUUCUUGAUGCUGAAAGAAAGAAGAGAAUAAGAGAUGAAAGUGCGGAUGACAGAGGUACUUGAAAAGAGCAGUAAUUAGGUUUUUUGACUUUAACGCUCAAAAUGUAUGAGAUCUAUAUUCUUAGUUCUGUUGUUAAACCUAAAAACGUCAAAGUAAGAUUCGUAGACCAUGUUAUAAAAAAAAUUGAUUCAACAUUUGUUGGUUCG